CAAUGCAUGGCCUGCAGGUUAGCAAAAAUUCCUUUUACUAUUAUUCCUGUAGAGAUAUAUUAUUGAUCUCUUGUUGUUGAAUCUCAAAAUUAACAACCAGACUGAUUUGUGGAGCAUAAUUAUUAAUGAGCAAUAAAGAUGAGUUCGGAAGAAGAUUUAAGCCCAGAGCAACAAAAUCUAUCUAAUAGUCAUGAUGAAAAUAUAGCUCAGAGUCUAGAUGCUGUCUUACAGAAACCAGAACAAUCAUAUGAUAAUUUUGUAUCUAGUUUUACCUACCUUAACUUAGAUGAUAUUAAUCAUAAAAUAAAGAUCUCAGAAAAAGUAAAAAAUGAGAAUACAGUUGUUGAAAACAGAACAGAUUCUAUAACAACCAUGUCACUCAAUACAGGAAGCUCACCAGAAAUAGUUAAAACAGAUAGUGAUGAAAUUGAAGAAGAGGUUUUAGAUAAUGUUGCUGUGAGUCUACAGUCUAGCACUCAAUCAACAGGUUUAUCACGAAAAAAACUGACACAGUUUGAUAAUUUUGUUAGUAAAGAAGACAGUGAUAAUGAAGACUAUGAUUUAGAUAGUAGUGGUUAUCAAGCCAGUUUUAUAAAAGCAGACUCCAGCACCAGAAAUAAUUCCUCGGAGGCAAAAAGUUAUCUGGCAAAUAAUGCCCAAAAUACUAAGUGUGUAAUAACAGUUGGAUUUAAAGAUGAUAUAAUGAACAGUGUAUCUGAAUAUAUAGGUAAUGAACAGGAAUGUGUGUAUAAACCUGAUCAAAAUGGCUUUAUGUUAAAUCCUGGAGAAGUAGAAAGGGAGUUAACUGUACCUGAUCUACAGGGUGUACCUCAUCAAAGAUGUCUAGAUUACUCUUGUGUUGUUGGGGAUGGAACAAACAAGAAUAAUUCUGAUGUUGCUGUCACGUCGACCUCAGAUGAUGUUGAACCAUUUGUGUUAGAUGAGAACUUUGACUAUGAGAAUGUUAUUUUAACACCAAAGUUUAAUGCAAUUGAAAUGGAGUACUUAAACAGUAUAAAACCUUUUACAAGUGAAGAAUCAUAAGGAGAUUUUGUUAACUGUUUAUUUUAUGAUAUUAAUUUUAACAUUCCGUCCAAGAAUAAAAAGAACAUGAAAUAAUUACUAUUUUUAAUUAUGCUAAUAAUCUUUUGUUGUUUUCAAUAUUUCUGUGUCUAUAUUGUUUUUUAGCUUGAUGGCUAAAUAAGUAAUUGAUCAUAUGAUACAAUUCUCGCUGAUUUCUGGAUAUUUCCUUAGAGUUAAGAUUAACAACUUGAUAAUCAUUUACUGCUAUUUGACCCAGAAAGUGGGUAGAAGCUAUUAGAUUGGCAGAAAAUUUAAGUAAAUUUGAAUUUCAACUAGUAACCUCCGAUCAAUUUACCCUUUUGGCCAUGUUGGCUCGGUAAGUAAGGUACUGUCUCACUGUCUCAUGCAUUAAAUGCUGGUGUUGACAAAAGAUUCUCCAGAAAUUUCAAGUGGAGUUUCCCCUUAAUUGUCAUUGAUGCAGGAUAGAGGGCCUAGCAAAGAACAGUGUCUAGUCUAUCGAAUGUGACAAAAGUAGGCUGUAGCGUUGCUGUCCAUUCAAAAUUUUCCUCAUAGCAAACUGAAAGCAUUUGUCCAACUUCAUUUGUUUGCUUAGUGCUGAAAAGGUAGGACAUUAAACCCGAUUUCAUUUCUUUUUCCAUUAAAGGAGCUAAAUCGGUAAUAUUUGGGACCUAGAAAUGGGCAAAGAUGGGUCACAACGCAUAUAGUAAUGUAAUAUGAAUAUAAAAACUGAUUUACAUUCAAUCGUUUCUGAUUUUACUAUAAUUUUUAAUCAGUUAUGUUCGGCAAAAUACAACAGAAUUCUCUUUCAAAUAGCAAUCUCUAGCGUCUGAUUAUUCUUGUCUAAAUCAAUAGUAUUUAUUGCGCAUGCUCUCCAGAUAAGAAUAUGGCUUCACCGUUUGACAUGACUUGUGGAAUAUGUCUAGCCUCGUUCUUUGAGUCUCUUGUUACAAAUACCACUGAAAUGCAUUAUUGUACAUGAAUCGUGUACCAAUAGUAAAAUUUUUAUUUUGUCUUAAAUAUUGGAUAUUAGAAGCCCAUCUUUUCCUGGUAAUAUCACAACAUCAAUGUUGAUUUAAAUUGACAAAUAAAUCGUGUUUUCAAGGUCAAAGACUUUGGAUGAUAUUGAGUCCGAUACUUAGCUACUUUAAACUACACUCUUUUUACCCUAUGGCCUUCCAUAUGCUAUGCCCUCUUGUACGGUAUUGACUCUUGAAAAUUAAUGAUAAGAGAAAUUUAUUAGCAUGUAUAUCUAUAUUAGUUCUCAAACAUCUACAACACAUGGCCAUAAAUAGCCAGUGGGAUUUAGACAUACACAACUUUACUUAAUUGACAUUCAUUUCACGCCUCAUUAGUUGAUCAGCAGACGGCACCAUUGAUUAAAUAGAAGUGAAAUUGACAUUAAUUAUGAUUAAUAAACUAGGUAGACUAAACUUAUUUGUCUGUUUUGCCUCUGGUUAAUAAUGUGGGCUGCUUUAGAUGCUACAGAAACAAGAUCCCAUCAAAAUUAUUAAUCAACAUGCUUCCAAUUUCUGUUUUCUUCGUAAAAUCAUAUCCCAGUCCUAUUUAGUAUUUUAUAAGCAUAUCUCACUAGCAAUUUGUUAAGGUUAUUUCUGGGUAGGCCCUAGUCAAGAUCAAUCCGGUCCAAAUUGUUUCCAUUUAUAUAAGAACGAAUGUGUUUUAGACAAAAUAAUGCCCAUUGUUAGGUUACCCCAGGAUAAAAGAAAUCUCCAAAUUAGUCAGUGGCUCAGUGCAUAUGGUGCUAGCAUAGAGGGGUUUCAGUUUCGAUCCCGGUGUUGGCUUAGUGACUUCUUUUGGAAAUCCGCUGGUCAGUAGUGCAGGACAGAGGGCAUGGGGAAAAGUGUCUAGUUGUUUGGACAGGAUAAAAAACUAGGUCCACCCAUGUACACUUUGGUGUGCACAUAAUGUAACCUUGACAGUUGGAAUUUGAAAAGUAAGCAGAAACACCCCCGUCUGACUUCAUUAGCCAAGGACAUAUUUAACCACCAUUUCAUUUGAUUUAAAAUAACCUUAAGAAGUUAAGCUUAUGUAUGAAGUAUGUGCACACAACACUUCUUAUUUGCCACUGUUUAAAUUGUAUAUGUGAACAUCCGGCCAGUUAUAACAAUGUAUGCUAGUUUGUACAGACACAGUAAAAGUAGACACCCCUUAUCUGUCUUGAAAACCCAAUACAACUUGAUAAUAUGAGUUUUGGGGGACUUUUUUCUUUUUCAUUUGGUAGCACUCAAUUUUUAUAUAAUUUAUCCACAAAUUUUACAGUGACCUCUCCACAAUCUGUUAAAUUAAACUCAGGAAGUAGUACAUACUGCAGAUGGUUAUUCUCUUAACAAUCAGAGCACCGGUAGCCUACAGCUUGUGUCCAUGUUAUCUCUUAAUCAAGGUACUAACUUUUAAUACUAUUCAACUAUUGUAUAUAUUUGUCUUUUUGAAUACAGCUAACUCAAGCAUAACAAUUAUCAAAUUUGAUAUGAUCUUUACUUGUACUAGUCUUCGGUAAGUUCUUUUUCUAUUUAAUUAGAAUGUGGACACAGAAAUCUGGAUGAAAACAAUGGAAAGUGAACAAGUGAACAAUAAUCUAACAAUUAAAUAUAUACUGUCAGAUCUACUUACAAUACUUACUAAGUUUUUAAUUGGAUGUCAUAUUGUGACAUCUGGUUUGAAGGUAAAACUAUACUUAAUUGUAUUUAUUGACUUAUUCUAUUUCAUUGUUUAAACAAAAAUUCUUUUUAUUGGAUGUGUUAUUAAAACAUUAACAUACAUGUAGUUGUGAAAAUAUUAAAGCUACAUUCCAAUGAAAGUA